AUAAGGCGAUCAGCGCUGAAAGGGUUCGAAAUCCCGGGUGCCACGGAGAGAUUAGUGGCAAAACUGUUUGCUGACGACACGACCGUGUACUUGAGCGAGGACGACGACUACGGGGCGGUAAUGGAGAUCACCGCGACUUGGUGUAGAGCGUCUAGAGCCCGUUUUAACCGUGAAAAGACGGAGGUCCUCCCGGUCGGAACCCCGGAAUACAGAGCUCGUCUGCUUGCGACGAGACGACUGAGCGACGCGAGCCCCGCACUGCCGGAUGGCAUCCACGUUGUCAAAGACGGGGAAGCAAUACGCUCGCUGGGCGCGUGGAUUGGGAACGGCACUGACCUGGCUACGUCCUGGCAACCUAUCCUCGGGGUAAUAGAGAAGAAUCUGGAGAAAUGGAGCAGGAGUAGGCCGUCCCUGUAUGGCAGGAAGUUGAUUGUUGGAAUGGAAGUGGGUGGACGCACCCAAUUCCUUACCAUGGCGCAGAUGAUGCCGUUGGAUGUCGAGAAGAGAGUGACGCGCUUGAUCGCAAACUUCGUCUGGGGGGGAGAUGAGCACCCGCGCGUUGCAAGGGAGGCCUUGUACCAGCGCCAUUCAAGUGGUGGACUGAACUUACUAGACAUUAAGGCAAGGAAUGAGGCAAUUGACCUUAUGUGGCUCAAGUCCUACCUGAACCUGACUAGAGACAGACCU